AUAAAAGUAAUCAAUGGUAAUCAAUGUGGAUGGAAACCAUGAUGUUUCGAUGAUCUUAAUUGAUAUUGAUGACAAGUGUGAGAAGUGGAGCCACGAUGUUAACUUGGAAGUAUGUUAACAAGAUUUGGUGGAUGCCUGCAUCAACAACCAUAAGAUGGAAACACUCCUUCACAAAUGUUAAUAGGCAUAUUUUUAACAAAGGCUGCAGAGGAAAUGAUAGAAGUUGUUCUUUAAAAUGUUUCAAAAACAGCUCAAGAAACAUUUUUAUAUCAUGUUCAUCUUUACUACAAGCAGAAUCUGUGGAAAAGGGAUUAAUUAUAGAACCUGAUGAAUAUGUUCAAAACAUUUUCAAAGGACUGAAAAGUCAGAAUAGGGGGAGUUUAGCAAGAGCAAUAACUCUUAUAGAGACUAGCAACCCAAAGAAGAAAGUUCAAGCCAAAGCAUUACUGAACCUAAUUCUACAUGAUCAAAAGAUGGUUGGAGUUCAUUCUAUGAAAGGUCCACCAACUUUUAGAAUAGGACUUUCUGGACCACCUGGGGCUGGGAAGAGCACAUUUAUUGAAACAUUUGGAAAGUUCCUUACAGAAAGGGAUCACAGAGUUGCUGUCUUAGCAGUUGAUCCCUCCUCAUCACGCAGUGGGG